AUGGCAAAGUCCAAAGAGUCCAUGCACAAGCGAGUCUGCGGCAGCGACGACACCUCCACGACCAAGCGAGCCCGCUAUGUGACCUACUUCGGACACCGCGUCCCCAUCGCGACCCGCAAGGUCUGGCUGCGGAACAGUCUCCCUCCGACGGUCGCUGCGCUGCCUCAUGUGAUUGAGCUGCUCAACUGGAUGCUGAUGACACCAGAGGAGGCUGCCUCCGAGUUGGCGGAGUCGGGGGAAGUGCAGAAGUUGCAAGAGUUAUUCCUAUCUAGAGAGCAUUUCCCUUUCGACUUGUCGGACGCAAUUGUUACCGCGGCAGAGAGAGGGCAAACGGCAACUUUGGUGGUGCUGCUGGCGGAGUCCGAGGUGGACAGGACCACGGAGGCGGCAGUCGCUGCUGGGAAACAUGGGCGUCUGGAUGUGGUGGAAAUGGUGCUGCUCAAUGUUGAGUCGAGUUUUAAGCGAAGUCGAAUUGCGUGGAGAGUUAUGGAUGUUGCCGCUGAGAAGGGGCAUGUCGAGGUGGUUAAGUUCGUGAUGAAACACGCUGACGAACUGGCAGGACCGUAUCCAACCUGUCUGAUGGCUUCGCAGCGGAGUACGGCUCUAAACAGAGCUAUUGCGGGGGGUUAUGGCGACGUGAUUCGGGUUUUACUUACGCCGGGGAAGUUGAAUUGGGACGCCGCCAAAGCAUUUGAACUUGCCGUAUGCGAUGGGAACAAACACAUCAUUGAGCUGAUGCAGGAUCUUCUCCCAACUUUUCAUGAGUUGGGGACGAACGACGAUCUCUUGGUUCUUAUGGCCAGGAGAGGGUAUGCUGCAAGUGUUCGCUAUUUGUACGACCACGGUCAUGACGCUGUGGCGUUUGUUGGUGCUGCUUUUGUUGAUGCGGCGAAGUACCAACGCAUUCGUGCGUUGGAAGUGUUAUUGGAUACUGGGCGGGUUCGCAGAAAAGCUUUUGAGUUAGCAUUCGAGCAAGCCUCGCAAUAUGGGAAGUUCAGUGCCGUGCGAUUUCUCUUUCGUAAGACGCAACUGUCUCCAGGCUGCAUUGCGAGAGCCUUCGAGGAGGCAGGUAAAGCUGCUAUCGUCAAUUUUUUAUACUUAAACACAGCCAUUCCUACCGAGUGCAUCGACAACCUCUUUAUUACAGCAGUGGAAAACAAUGGCUGUCGUGAAAGCGUUGAAAUUGUGAAAUAUCUUUUGAAGAUGGAGUGUGUGCAAGCCAACAUGGUAAACGCGAGUGUCGAGAUCGCUAUCGCUUGCAACAAUUCAAGCGUGUUGGAGCUGUUGUGCACCGAAGAAGCUGCUUCUCCGAGCGUCAUCAUUCGAGCAUUUAUCUAUGCUGCGGAGAGGGACGACGUUGGUCUUGCGAAGCAGCUGUGGAAGAAACCGUGUAUCUCUGUGGACGUGACAACGGAGGCGUUGACGAGUGCUGCUUCGAACGGUAGUGCCCACGCUAUCGACUUCAUCGUCGGUCAAAAGAGUAUUUCUUCCGCGACGCUUAAGAGGUUAUUACGACAUGCAGCGCCCAAACGCCAACACAGUGUUGUGGACCUAUUAUAUACCAAGCAUCGUUGGUCUUGGAGUGCGAUUCAUGAUCUGUUUGCGUCUGCUGGGCGAGCGAGUGACAAAAACAUUAUCGGAACGCUGGUCGAUAUUCCUUGUGUACCAAGCGUAGCGAAAAACGAGGCAUUGUUGACAGCAGUGCGCGAAGGCCGGGAGGAUAUCGUCGUGCUCUUGGUGAAGCCACGUCGCUACUGGCCCACGUACAAGUUGCAGUAUGCACUUAGGCUAGCUGGCCACGAUGGAAUACGCCAGAUUAUUCGCGAUAACUUAGCCAGCAGGCAAAACUGA